UUCUUCCAGCGCCAAGUCGUAAGUCGCCCGGGAGUGGUGAAAAAACGCCUUCUCAGGCGUCCGAGGUGGGGAGUAAACACAGAGACCCAGAGGAGGGGAAGCUGGAUGUGGAGUUAGCUGCGGGAGACACUAAAGUCCAGCCCGGAGAGUGACCAUCGAGGUUAUCUGGCUGUUUUUUGUUGUUGUUGUUGUUGUUCUUGUGUGAUUUCUGACAUAGCAAGAACUAUGUCAUGGAUCAAAGAAGGAGAGCUGUCACUGUGGGAACGGUUCUGCGCUAACAUCAUAAAGGCUGGCCCAGUACCCAAACAUAUCGCGUUCAUAAUGGAUGGCAACCGUCGCUAUGCCAAGAAGUGUCAGGUGGAGCGCCAGGAGGGCCACACACAGGGCUUCAAUAAGCUUGCUGAGACUCUCCGAUGGUGUUUGAACCUGGGCAUCCUAGAAGUGACUGUCUACGCAUUCAGCAUUGAGAACUUCAAACGUUCCAAGAGCGAGGUUGACGGACUCCUGGAUCUAGCCCGACAGAAGUUCAGCUGCUUGAUGGAAGAACAGGAGAAGCUGCAGAAGCACGGGGUGUGCAUCCGCGUCCUGGGGGAUCUGCAUCUGCUGCCCUUGGACCUCCAGGAGAAGAUUGCGCAGGCCAUCCAGGCCACUAAGAGCUACAAUAAGUGUUUCCUCAAUGUCUGCUUUGCAUACACAUCACGUCAUGAGAUUGCCAAUGCUGUGAGAGAGAUGGCCUGGGGUGUGGAACAAGGUCUCCUGGAACCCAGUGAUGUCUCGGAGUCUCUGCUUGAUAAGUGCCUCUAUAGCAACCACUCUCCUCAUCCCGACAUCCUGAUCCGGACUUCUGGGGAGGUGCGGCUGAGUGACUUCUUGCUCUGGCAGACGUCCCAUUCCUGCCUCGUGUUCCAGCCUGUCCUGUGGCCAGAAUACACAUUUUGGAACCUGUGUGAGGCAAUUCUGCAGUUUCAGAGGAACCAUAGUGCCCUUCAGCAGAAGGCCCGAGACAUGUACGCUGAGGAGCGGAAGAGGUGCCAGCUGGAGAGGGACCAGGCCGCAGUGACAGAGCAGCUGCUUCGAGAGGGGCUCCAGGCCAGUGGGGAUGCCCAGCUCCGACGGACGCGCUUGCACAAACUCUGCACCAAGAGGGAAGAACGAGUCCAAGGCUUCCUGAAGGCCUUGGAACUUAAACGGGCCGACUGGCUGGCACUUUGGGGCACUGCAUCUGCCUAAGUGGGGCUGGCUACCAGCCACUUUGCCCGGCCCUUUGCCUCUUGGGCCCCGACUCAUCUUUCUUUUUCCUUUCCUUUUCUUUUGAAAAGGCACUUCCCUGUUUUUGAUGAAUUGGGCUCCCUCUGUUUUGCAGGGAACCCCAAAGGCAAGUUCUGCUGCCUAUGGAUACCUUUGGACUACCUUUGACAGUUACCCUUGAAGUUUGAGGUAGAAUCUCUCAUGUGUACACUAAAUCCAAGUCCAGCCACUAAUACAUUUGGAGAACAGGGGACCCUAAUUCAUUAGCUAUAUGUCCGUCCCUGUUUCUGGAUGCAUGUUCUUUUUCCACCAGCAUAUCCUUCACCGUGCAGAGGAGACCUUCCCAAAGCCUAGGCCUUUACCAGUCCUGCCUAAGCCUCCCCAUGUGACUUCCACAAAAGAUUUGGAUCUACUGGUAAAUUUUAACUGAUAGGCAGCCAACAUUAUUGGGCAGGGAAGAAAGGGGUGGGGAGGACAGCAAGAAAAUUUGCCCAUCUGCUGCUCCUCCCCUUGGCUUUCCACCUGGGAUUUGCUAUUGAAUCUCCACCCCCUCCCACUACCAGUACUGACUGCUCACUGAAAGGCUCAGCGCCCCCAAUGGCCCAUGGAAACCAGGCGGGUGAUUACAAUCCAAUUACCUAUUGUCAACUCAGCCCACACAGGCUUUACUCCCCCAUGCAGGGAGGGCAUGGGGCCAGGCUCCACUCCCCUGUGAGACCCAACCCCCUCCGUGACUACAGACAGGGUGGCAGAAGGGCCCCUAGAGGUCCUAGAGUCUAAUCCAAUACAGGCCAAUUUGUGUUUAACAUAUGAGGACUGAACAGAACCAAGCAUUUCCCAGUGGACUGAAGUCUUCCCUCGCCAUCUCAAACUGAUUCCCACUCCCAGUCUAAAAGGUCCUCACAGCUCUUUGACCUGGCUCCCUAAGUAGGCCCUGAGACAGUUUACUCUCUGUGUGGCAGAACUUACUCUAGCUCUCUCAGCCUCCUGUGAGCCCAACUCUUCCCCAUCAGGAAAGAGGCAAGGUUCCAUCCUUUCCUGGCCUCCCCAUGGGCUGAGGAGAGAGGAUGACCUCUGAAGGAAGGUCUGCUGAGCUAGUCUGUUUCAGGUGUCUCCGAGCUGUGAGUACUAGCCAGAAACUCCAACCAAAUGUCACUCUGGUCUCAUGCUGUCUGUAAGCCCUCCCCAAAAUGUGCGCUAUGCCUUCUUCCCCAUCCCUAUUUCUGUGCCCAGAUGCCUGGCACUGGUGAACUUUUGGCCAUCUUCUUCCUAUCAGAAUCAAAAAAGGCCUGACACUGAAACCAAGAGCCAAUCAGUAAGCCCUUUGGCAAGGCCCCCUGUACACCUGGCACUCCCCAAAACCAAUCCCUGGCACAGAGAUCCCCAAGAGCAGGUGCUGUGCACUUUCCAGCUUUACAAUGAGGCUGUUGACAGCUUUAAUUAGGGAGGCAUGAAUUAUGUGGCUAUAAUACAGAGCCCUACAAUUAAGGCGGGAAUGAGAGGCUGGAGGCAGCAAACGGAAUCUGCCCGGCAAGCAAGGCUGUUGAGGCCUGGCUGACUUUCUCUUAAGAUUGGAGUACAGUAGCAGUGAUUAAUGCGCCUGGUAUCUUCCAGCCCCAGGACCUGUAUUCUGGGAAAGGUGCACAGGGUGGGGUGGAGGAUGGCUGCCUCGGGAGGCACUGUGGGCGUGGAAAGGAGAGGCAGAUCCACUGUUGUCCAUAGGCAAAGGCUGAAAAAUGCUUGAUUUGAAUUCGCAGAUGUCUGCUUUCUGCUGCCAUGGCUAUUACAAACUAGCUUCAACCCUUGCCUCAGAAAUUAAGAUGGGACCUAUUUUGUGCCUUCCGCCUGAGCACCAAACACCCUAUUGCAGAUGUUAGCCAGUUGUGUUAUGGGCAUCAAAAAGAAUUUAAAAUUUUCUUUUUGAGAUACAA